ACCCUCAAAAGGCGGUAGGUUUAUGACGUGCAGUUUCUUCCCUGACUAUAAGCUAAGUUAACCGGGCGAAGAAUAUUGAGGCUUCCUUUUAUUUUGAGUUACAAAAUGGCGUUUCCCCCGUCGCCCGAAAUGGUAUCUUCCCGCUUCCUUUCCCUAUUGAGGCCAAAUGGCUCCAUAGACAUAGUAAAAAGAAGAGCGACGCUACAGCGGUUCAGAGAUCACUUCCGGCUUGUGUUGGGAAUGGUUCCUCUUCUUUCCCCUCAAUGGUCCCUUUUUACCAUAGAGUGGCCGAAGCCUAGAGCGUCAACUACCACCGGAAGUAGGGUUUCCCUUGCGUCCUCUUCGUUUCUAUGGGCUUCCGGUUCCGGCUCCUCUGGCGAUGGCGCGGCCUGGGCCUCCGUCGUAGGCGCCGCUCCCCUCCACUGCCUUCCCCUCCGUCUUAUGGCGGCCCCGCACCCCGACAAGCUGGAGGGGGGAGUCGGGCCCGCCCCUCCCGCGCCCGGUCCGCCGCCUCCUCCGCCGCCUCCACCUCCGCCUCCCGCCCCGGGCAGCCUCUCCACAGGACCAGGCCGCAAGCAGGGCAAGGCCGGCCUUCAAAUGAAGAGCCCAGAGAAGAAACGCCGCAAGUCCAAUACACAGGGCCCUGCCUAUUCCCACCUCUCGGAAUUUGCACCUCCACCGACCCCCAUGGUGGACCACCUGGUGGCAUCAAACCCAUUUGAGGAUGAUUUUGGGGCACCCAAAGUUGGCUCGGCCUCUGCACCUUUCCUCGGCAACCCCAGUCCAUUUGGAAACUUCCGCAUGCAGGGAGCGAUGGGGCCCCAGGUCCCUCCUGGCUACGGCGGAGGGCCCCAGCCCAUGCGGAGGCAGCCUCCCCCGUUUGGGCCAAGCCAGAUGGGCCCGGCCUUCAACCUGCCUCCUCAGAACCCUGGUUAUGUGCAGCCAGGUGGAAUGGGCUUUGGUGGUCAGCCAUUUGGCCAGCCCUUGGGCCAGAACUUCAGUCCCCCUGGUGGACAGCUCAUGCAGGGGCCUAUGGGUGGCUUUGGGCCCAUGAUUUCCCCAACCAUGGGGCAACCCCCACGGGGAGCGGAUAUGGGCCCAGGGCCUGCCCUCAACGCCCCUGGAGGUCCCCCAAUGGCCCAGCGGUUCAACCAGCCUGGAAACCCAUUCGGACAAUCACCAAUGCAGCGCCCCAACCAAAAUCUUCCCAAUCUGCCCCCCAAUCCCAGUCCCUUUCCUGGACCUGAUCCUGGCUUCCCUCCCAGUGGUGAAGAUGGUGGUGGAGGUGGAGCUGGAGGCGGGGGUGGCAGUAAGCCCCUCAACCCUCCUCCCAACACUUUUACCCAGGAGCCACAUGCGGGAUCACCAGCAGCUGUCAAUGGCACCCAGGCCUCCUUCGUGCCCAACAGCGCAGGGCACAGCGGUGGCACUGGCACCCCCGAGGCCAACAGCAUGCCCUCCUCUGGCAAAACCUCUGGAAACUCUGGCCACCAGCCGCCACCUGGGCUUGUGUAUCCAUGUGGGGCUUGCCGUAGUGAGGUCAAUGACGACCAGGAUGCCAUUUUGUGUGAGGCUUCUUGCCAGAAAUGGUUCCACCGGGAGUGCACGGGCAUGACUGAGAACGCUUAUGGGCUGCUGACCACAGAGGCCUCAGCAGUGUGGGCCUGUGACUUCUGCUUGAAGACCAAGGAGAUCCAGUCGGUCUACAUCCGUGAGGGCAUGGGCCAGUUGGUAGCUGCCAAUGAUGGCUGAACAGACAAGCAUUGGACAUGCUGGGACUCUCUGCAUGAGAGACUACAACGUCACUAACCCUGCAUGGUUGGCCAGAAGAGAUGGGAUCUCAGUUUUAUACCACUAGACUUUCAUUGGCUUGAACCGCAGACCCUGCCAUCACAUAUAUGGGACUGGCCGAGGCAUUUUGCUUCCUGAGGCAGAGAACAAGUUGGUGCUCUCCCUGCUUCAUGUACACAAGACUGGCAGCUGAAUCUUCUUUGGCAUAGCGGCACACUGAUAUCCUCCACCAAACUUGAAGGCAGUAAAGUAGCCGAAGGGGCUUAGACAAUACGGUUCCUUCCUCCAACACUUUGUUGCUGUAUCCCAGCCUUUGCUGCCUGAGGUAUCUGCCUUACUCUGUCUAUCAGUAGGGCUGGCCCUUACACACACACACACACACACACACACACACACACACAUACACACACACAGGUCCAUAAAUGUGGGUAGCAAGCUUUUGGCAUGUGUGUGGUUAACUGCUUGGCAGAAGAGAGGGCAGAGUCCUUUGUUAAACAAAAAAGUAUCUGUUUUAAGGUCUGUGACCUCCAGAAUUUAGGGCAAAGGUAGGGAGACUUAGCCUCCUCCAUGUUGUGGAUUUCCAAUUCCCAGAAGCCACAGCCAACAGAUUGUGGAAAUUGUAUCCCCAAACACUUGCAGGGUCCAGGCUCCCCCACACCUGAGUUCAGGCUUUUCUUUCAAGAGGCGCUGGAUCCCAGCCCUACUUGCCUGGAUAACAGUUGCCAUUUUGGAGUAGGGUAGCUAGUAAAGCAGAGGCAGCUGUGGUGUCCCUUGCAGGGCCUAGCCCAGGCAGCACAUGCCUUGAGUUCUUUGAGCAUAGCUCUCAUAACAUUCCUUCUUCCUGUUCACAGACCACUACUGUGUAUUUUCAAGCUAUCAAUUGGCCAGUAUUGUUUCUGGGCAGCAGCCUCUGCCUUUGUCCUUUGCCCCAGAGCUGCCCAGCCUAUCUGAAGUGAGGAACUGGAAAUUAUUUAUUUGCAGUGUGCCAGGGACUGGCACCAUAUUUGUGCCCACCGGCUAGUUGUUUCUUUUCCUGAAAACUUACCAGGGGAUGGCAGCCAACAGCCCAGGGACCGGCACUUUGGCUAGCACUGCUUUACAUGAUAAGAUUUUAUGGUUUUCACAUAAAAAGGGAGAGGCAGGGAUUAUUUGCUGCACUCCCUCCUUCCCUUCUACCUUUCUUGCUUCCUGGCUUGGAUGGUCUUUUGGUCUCACCUAACACGGGCAGCUAGCAAAAGCUGGACAGAACCUGUUCCCAUGGUUUGGAUCAGUUUCUUCCCUGAUACCUCCAACUCCUCUCCUCUAUAACUUUUUGUCAAAGAGGGUGCGGCGCAAUUCCUGUUGUAAUUGGUUCUGCCUCCAAAUUUCACAUGGAUUGGUUGCGGGAUGCUGAAGCCAGACUGAGCUGAGAGCUGAGCCUGCGGUUCCCUCAAGAAAAAAGGAUGCCUGCCUGGGAAUGGAUGAAAUACCUCCUUGGAACCCCUCUGUGGCGAGGGGCUGUCAAAAAGAGCCAUGCAAAAAAACACUCUUGAACAUUGUUUUUUAUAAAGUUUUUUAAAAGCCUUUUGGUGACUCCCAUGUCCCCGAUUUGCGUGUGUGCGCGUGUGUUUUGAGGUUUUCUUUGGUCAGUUAACAAUGUGAUUUUUGAUCAUUGUUUUUAUCCCACUGGUCCUUGGAUGGGAAGGGAAUGGGGGCGGGGAGUGGGGUGCCAUAGCUGGAUUAAUACACAGAAAUCUUCCCCCCACCUGUCUUGUUUUUAUGUGAGAACAUUAAAAGUGACAUUUUGUACCAGCCUGUUAUAAAGU